UAAAGGAACAGGGUGCUAAAUUGCGUGAACUCUUCAAACAAGCAAGAUCGCUUUGCUGUUUUACAUAAGCAGUUGCUUAUUUACCUUUUCUAAAAAUGUCUCGAGUUUUAAUAGUUGGUGCUGGACUUACAGGCAGUUUAUGUGCCUGUCUGCUGCGGAGGAAGCUGCCAAAGAAGGUUAAUAUAGUCGUGUGGGACAAAUCUCGGGGUGCAGGGGGGAGAAUGUCCACAAGCAGAAGUUCAAAUGAUCCUUCAUGCACAGUUGAUCUUGGUGCUCAAUAUAUAACGGCCACACCAUACUAUGCUCGUAUUCACAGCAGUUUUUACGAAGAACUCUUAGCACAAGAGAUUUUAAAACCUCUCGUUGCUCCUGUUGAAGGCAUGAUGUUAAAGGAAGAAGGAAUUGUGAACUAUGUAACGCCCCACGGGGUCUCAUCCAUUGUCAAGCACUAUCUUAAAGAGUCAGCAGGAGCAGAGGUGCUCUACGACCGACAUGUCACUCACAUUCACCGAAAAGACGCUGACUGGGAAGUGUGUCGCAAAGGGGGAGCACCAGAACAGUUUGACAUAGUGGUUUUAACCAUGCCAGUCCCGCAAAUACUUCAGCUGCAUGGAGACGUGGGAUCUUUGAUGGGGGAGAAUCAGAGAAGGAUGCUGGAGGCUGUCAGCUACUCUUCCCGCUACGCACUUGGACUCUUCUACAAAGCCGACACACGAAUCGACGUCCCUUGGGCGGCCAAGUAUGUCUCCAAUAAUCCCUGCAUUCGCUUCAUCGCCAUAGAUGAUAAAAAGCGCAAUUUAGCAUCAGAGAACUGCGGACCUUCUGUGGUGGUGCACACUAGUGUGCCCUUUGGCAUCCAGCACCUGGAGGAGGAGAAGGAUGUGGUACAGCCCAUCAUCCUGGAAGAGCUGGAAAAGGUGUUGCCAGAGCUGCCUCAGCCUGACAACAUCAAAUGUCAGAAGUGGAGAUACUCACAGGUGACAAGAUCAGUGGCUGAUUGCCCAGGGCAGAUGACACUGCACUCCCAGCCUCUGCUGGUGUGUGGGGGGGACGGCUUCACACACUCCAAUUUCGAUGGCUGCAUCGAGUCUGCCCUAAAGGUCUUCGAGGUUCUGAAGUCUUCUCUCUGAAAGGGGGGUUGGGAAAGUAUGCCUUCAUUUUGGGAUUUUGUUGUGGAGGAUGGCACAUUGAUUUAGAUUUAAGCCCCUCCCUGCAGGAAGAUGGAUGAACUGGACAAAGCGCAGUAGAACUGUCUCGCCUGUGUCUGCAGACAUACAUUUUGUUACAAAAACCAAUUAUACCGUCUGUGCCGGAUGCUGAGGAUUAGAGGACAACAGAGCACUGUGCAAGUUCAGUUGUGACAGAGGCAGAUGCCUCAUACUGGCUCAAUGUCUUGAACUACGGUUUUCUGAUGUGUAGCAAAUAUUAUGUAUGCAUUCAAGUACUGUCAGCCUUCUCCUGUGAUAGUUUCAGAUUAAUAAAAUAAUUAAAACAUGCUUAAAUGCAUCUCUGUAUGUGGAUAGGUGACAUUCUGUGAUGUGACAUGCUAUACUCCAUUUAAAAAGCAAAACGUUUUUGGUAUUGUGGAACGUUAUGGUAUUAUGCUUUUGUCAUUAAAAUUCUAAAUUAUAUAAUUAUAGUAAUUAAUAUAUUCAUUAAUUGUUAGGUAAUUACUUUUAAUUAAUUUACAUUUUUACAACAAAAUAAGAAUUAUUUUAUACUAACAUUAAAUGAGUUUACUUCCAGAACAAAAAUUUACAGAUCAUUUACUCACCCCCUUGUCAUCCAAGAUGUUAAUGUCUUUCUUUCUUCAGUCAUAAAGAAAUUAUGUUUUUUGAGGAAAACAUUUCAGGAUUUCUCUCCAUAUAGUGGACUUCUAUGGUACCCGCGAGUUUGAAUUUCCAAAAUGCAGUUUAAAUGCAUCUUCAAAGGGCUGUACAUGAUCCCAGCCGAGGAAGAAAGGUCUUAUCUAGCGAUAUGAUCAGUGAUUUUAUAAAAAAAAAAAAAAUAACAAUUUUUA